UCCAGAUACCGGACCAAAUUGCCUCUCCAGUAGUCAAUGCGACGACUACCUGAGAGCGGGCGGAGCCUGCUUCCGUCCGACAACAAGCAGCCGCUCUUCGCUCUGCAGACUCCGGCGUUCCCCCCCAUCUCCUCCGCCGUCGAUCAUUGUAUCCGCGUCCUACAGUGGAGACUUCCUCCCGUCACGUCAUUAUCUUGAUCCGUCAGCAUUUAUAUUAUCAUCCAAUCAUGCUGUACUUGAUUGGGUUGGGAUUGGGAGAUGAACGGGACAUUACCCUUCGGGGCUUGGAGGUCGUGAAGAGAUGCAGCCACGUGUACCUCGAAGCAUACACUUCCAUCUUAUUGGUCGACAAGCCCAAGUUGGAGGCACUUUAUGGAAAAGAGUUGGUGGUGGCGGACCGAGAGAUGGUCGAGCAGAAGGCGGAGGAAAUCCUUGAGCUUGCUCGAAACACAGAUGUUGCUUUCUUGGUUGUAGGAGAUCCCUUCGGGGCGACCACUCAUUCUGAUCUUCAUCUGCGAGCACUGCAGAUGGGGGUGUCAGUGCAGGCCAUUCAUAAUGCGUCAGUGCUGAAUGCUGUUGGGGUAUGUGGAUUGCAGCUGUAUCGUUUCGGCGAGACAAUCUCAAUCCCGUUCUUCACGGAGACUUGGAGACCAGAUAGCUUCUAUGAGAAGAUCAAGCUUAACCGUUCAAUGGGGCUGCAUACCUUGUGUCUCUUAGAUAUCCGGGUUAAGGAGCCGUCCAUGGAGGCCUUGUGCAGGGGCAAGCUGAUCUACGAGCCACCAAGGUUCAUGACUGUAAACACUGCCAUUGAGCAGUUGCUGGAGAUAGAGGAGCGACUGCAAGGGGGAGUGUGUGGGCCGCAGACACUCUGUGUGGGCUUGGCUCGCCUCGGUGGAGAGUCCCAGUACAUCGUAUCUGGUCCUAUGGAGGAGCUCCUGACAAUUGAUUUUGGCCCGCCGCUGCAUUCACUGAUCCUACCUGGUCACACACAUAUAAUGGAGACUGAGAUGCUGCAUCAUUUCCGUGUCACGCCAGAGACUAAGCGACUUGCGGUGAAGCUAUCUGAUGAUGUCUCAGAUGGGUCAGCAGAAGAAGAGUAGUAGUAAUUAAUUGGGCCUAAUAAACCCAUUCACGUGCUGCUUGGGGUGCGAGCUGUUCCCAUCU